UGUGCCGCGGCUAGAAGUUGCUGUGCGGCGGCGGCUGGGAAGGUGGCUGUGGUGGCGGCGGCUCAGCCGGAGACAGAGGGAACAGAGGAUGGCAGACUUUCUGAAAGGAUUGCCUGUCUACAACAAGAGCAAUUUUAGUCGAUUCCAUGCUGACUCUGUGUGCAAGGCUUCGAACCGGCGCCCCUCUGUCUACCUGCCCACCCGGGAGUACCCGUCAGAACAGAUCAUUGUGACGGAAAAGACAAAUAUCCUUCUACGCUACCUACAUCAGCAAUGGGACAAAAAGAAUGCUGCCAAGAAGAGGGACCAGGAACAGGUGGAGCUGGAGGGUGAGAGCUCCGCGCCACCCCGCAAGGUGGCGCGGACAGACAGCCCCGACAUGCACGAGGACACCUAG